AUGUAUGAGCUAAAGGAUCUCAAUAGUCUAGAUGUAAAGUUGAAUUUUCUUUAAUGUGGCAUAGAUGAGUUUAGCUAGACCUCGGGAAUUAGAAGAUAACUUUCUGGACUUCGAAGUAAAUCAAGAGUAAAAGUUAGAUAACAUAAAUUGAUUAAAUUUAAGGGCAUUGAUGUGAGGGCAUAGUAAAACGAUCUGUUUGGAAAUCUUAAAGUUAGCAAUUUCAUGUUCCUUGUCAUUCUAGGAGCAUCAACAGCUCUACAGUAGCUCAUUCAAUAAUUUAGUUAAGAAUAAACUUGCACAUAACGAUACGUAUAAUUAUUGGAUAAGAUAUGCAUGCUGGAUAUUGUUCAAUUACACUUAGAAUACUAUAGUAGAGAUUCAGAAGGGUCUAGUCUCCCUGAGAUGAAGGCUGUUCUUGCUGGGGUACAUAUAAGCACAUUUUUAUCAAUAAGAGCUUUUAUUGGGAAAUUAGUAGGUGUCACUGUAGCUAUAGUAGGAGGUUUAUCUUUGGGAAGAUAUGGAUCAUUUGUUCAUAUGUCAGGAGUAAUAGCCCACUAAAUGUCCUAUCGCAUAAAAUUCUUCCAGAAUAUCGGCUCAAAUUAUCAACUUAGGCUUUAAGUUAUAUCAGCCGCGAUAGCUGCUGGCACUUGCUGUUCAGCUGGUAGUCCUUUUGGUGGAGUAAUUUUCGCUCUUGAACUUACUUCUACUUAUUAUAUGAUGGGAAACAUGUGGAAAGGACUGCUUUGCACAACUGCAGCUAUUAUAACUUACUCAUUAAUGCAUCAAUUACCUUUUGUAAAGCCACCUAAAUUGACUGACUUUGAAGAAUAUACUUUUAAUCAUGAGAUAAUAUUCUUUAUUAUACUUGGAUAUCUAUGCGCAAGAGUGGGGGCACUUUUCAUUCAUAUUCUAACUAAGAUAAUAUUCUUGAGGGGGAAACUAAAAAAUCCUUUGCUUUUGAAUAGAUGGAAGUGGUGCUCAAUAGUUAUUUUAUUCAUUUCGAUCAUUUAGUUUCCAUUAAGGUUCUUACACUUUCCUGAAAGAUAAGUAUGGAAUGUAAUGUUCAAUUCUCAUUAAAUUUCUGAAGUUCAGAAUGGCUAAGUAUGGAGCAAUCCUAAUUUAGAAUUGGUCUUGCUUGUUUAUUGCAUUUUGAAAUUUAUUUUCAUUGUUUCAUCAUUAACACUUCCAUUACCUAAUGGAAUCUUUGCCCCUAUGAUAUCUUUUGGCGCAGUAUUUGGAAGAUUAUUUGAUGAAGGGAUAUAUGCUGUUGUGGGAGCAACUUGCGUUUAUGGAUCAGUUACAAAAACAGUAUCUAUUGCAAUAAUUAUAUUUGAGGUAACUGGAUAGAUAACUCUUCUUGUACCUGUAGUGAUAGGUUUAAGUGUAGCUUAUGCAUCUUCUUAAGCAAUGACAAUGAGUAUAUUUGAUGUUCUUCUUGAAUUCAAGAAUUUCCCAUUUUUACCAACACUUGGUGAAGGAGAUACUAUUCAUUUGAAGGCUCGUGAUAUAAUGAAUAGAAACUUUGUAUACCUAAGAGAAGAUUCUGAAAUUAGAGAGAUAAGAGACAUCUUAACCUAAUUUGAGGACUUUAACUAUGAUCCAAAGAACUAUAUUGAGUAUGAAGAACUACUUUCUCUUGAGAAAAAAUUACAGGCAGAUCUACAAGAGGAGUGCUCAAAGGUUUGA